UAUCUUCUCUGAAUUCAUCUCUUUAAUUAUAACUGGUCAAAUAUUUGUUGAGGCGAUAUGUAAUAAGGAUGAUCAACUAUCACGUCCGAGGAUGAUAGUUGGAAAUUUAUCAACUACACGUGCGUGAGAGCAAUGUGGAGGAGAGAUUAAACUUCCAUGAUCGCUAUAUGAUCAGCAUGAAGAAACACGGAAAUAAUGAGAAUAAACAUAAGAGUUGUCAAAAUGGAGGUAAGACAGUGGAGAAGUCUGAUCCGGGAAAUCUGAGCGAUGACGAGAAUCAAGGUUUUGGAAGUUGGCUUCGAUCCAGCACUGGUGUCGAAAUGAUGCGGCUUUUCGUGAUCGCAAAUUCGAUUUUGGUUUUUGUCACCAUGGCUUGGCCAAACAUGAAAGAAUCUUUCUAUAUUAUUAAAGACUAUCUCGUAAGAGAAGAUAAUUAAUUAAUCAUGAUU